CAUGGCCCUCAAGGACGGCGGCGGCGGCGGAGGGGUCGGCGGCGGCGGCGCCACCAUCCUGCCCAUCAGCGACAUGGUGUCGUCGUGCUCCUCUCCGUCGGCGCCGGGGGUCUGCGCCUUCCCUGAGGUGGUGGAGCUGAACGUGGGCGGGCAGGUGUACGUGACCAAGCACGCGACGCUGCUGAGCGUGCCGGACAGCACCUUGGCGCGCAUGUUCUCGCCCCGGCGGAGCGCCCCGCGGGAGCUGCCCCGGGACAGCCGCGCGCGCUUCUUCAUCGACCGCGACGGCUUCCUCUUCAGGUACGUGCUGGAUUACCUGCGCGACAAGCAGCUGGCGCUGCCCGAGCACUUCCCGGAGAAGGAGCGCCUGCUCCGCGAAGCCGAGUACUUCCAGCUGGCCGAGCUGGUCAAGCUGCUGUCGCCCAAGGUGGCCAAGCAGAGCUCUCUCAACGACGAGGGCUGCCAGAGCGACCUGGAGGACGCCAACUCGCCCGGCAGCGGGGAGCUCUUGGUGGCGCCCCACCAGCACCAGCGCAGCGCCGGAGAGAAGCGCGCCGGCUUCAUCACCGUGGGCUACCGCGGCUCCUACACCACGGUGCGCGAGAACCAGGCCGACGCCAAGUUCCGCCGCGUGGCGCGCAUCAUGGUGUGCGGCCGCAUCGCCCUGGCCAAGGAGAUCUUCGGCGAGACGCUCAACGAGAGCCGCGACCCGGACCGCCCGCCCGAGAAGUACACGUCGCGCUUCUACCUGAAGUUCACCUACCUGGAGCAGGCCUUCGACCGCCUCUCCGAAGCCGGCUUCCACAUGGUGGCUUGCAACUCCACCGGCACCGCCGCCUUCAUCAACCAGUACCGAGAGGACAAGAUCUGGAGCAGCUACACCGAGUACAUCUUCUACAGACCACCACAGAAGACAGUGUCUCCCAAACAAGACCACGAAGAUAAGAAGCACGAAAAAGUUGCAGACAAAGGAAGUGAGAGUGGGACGUCCUGCAAUGAGUUGUCCACCUCUAGUUGCGACAGCCACUCUGAGGCCAGCACUCCCCAAGAAAACGCUGCCAGCGCUCAGCAAUCUACAGGGCACCAGCCAAAUACUCUAACAUUGGAUCGGCCCUCUAAGAAAGGCGCAGCACAGUGGAUGCCUCCAGCAGACAAACGCAGGAACAGCGAACUUUUUCAGACACUCAUUAGCAAGUCCAGAGAAACAAACCUGUCCAAAAGGAAGGUAUGUGAGAAGCUAAGUGUUGAAGAAGAGAUGAAAAAGUGUAUUCAGGAUUUUAAACAAAUCAAUAUUCCGGAUUAUUUUCCUGAACGGAAACGCCCAUGGCAAUCUGAACUGUUACAAAAAUAUGGGCUAUAGUUUUUUCAGUAUUUUAUGACUUGUCGGUGGUGCAUUUGAUGUAUAUUAAGUUGCCAGUUUAUACUGAUGUAGUUCUUUUUGAUCUACUCAUUGGAGUGAUUCCUGCUGCUUAUUUCUUUCUGUGAACUGGAUGUUGGGUAGGACAUGGGUUUACCUUUUUUCCCCUUUUUCAAAAAAGGAAGUAAUAAAAUGAAACUAAAGCAUUAUGGAUUCUUUUAUAAUAGUUUAAAACGUGCAUGAUGAGGAAAUUUUGGUUUUCAAACUUCACAUUUGUGAAAGAAAUAUAUCAUGAGAUCAUUCAUCAUCCACAAUAGCAGUGAUACAAAAUUCCACUGGAUGAAGAAGAAUGGGGCUUAUGAUAACAGAAUUAAACAUGAACACUAUUUAAAAUGUUAAUGCAAUAAAGCAAAUGUCUAUUUUGCAUGAGCACAAUAGUUGACAAGUAGAUCACAAAAGAGCAAGAGGUUUGUCUGCUUGGAUAAAUAUUUUGUUCAAUGCCAAGACGAUCAGUGUAAAAUGUCUUUGGAAUUGAACUUUGUGAGGAUUUGUGUGUGGCUGUGUGUUCGUUUUGUAAGGAUGGUGUAAAUAUGCCUUAUACUGUUUUAUGAUUGCACCAACACACAUCUAUUAAUGUUUGUCAGGACUAUUUCUGUGAAAUGCAAAACCAGAUUGUGAAAACUGGUUUCAUGGUCUGAAAAGUUUCUGUUUUCAUGUUAGCCAACAAAACUGGAAAAAUAAAAAAGACCUAAACAUAUUUAUUAAAAGGGGCCUACUGUUAAGAUUUUUAUUUAUUUAUUACUCUUACGUUAUUAUUAGUCUUUUGUCUGCAUCUUCAAGUAAUUUUAAGGAGAGUUUCUGCAGCGUUCUCAUUAUGCUCCUACUCUGCUUCCAAAUUGCAAGCAACACAUUUCAGCCGAAAAUGAAUAAUGCUUGGGGUAUGUGAGUUUUAAUUAAAAUGUUCAAUAGAGAUUCAACAUGAUGGGGGGGGGAACAAUGUUAUUGAUUACUGUUCAGUACUGUAGCGAUAAAAUCUCAACCAAGAGCACACAAUGAGAAUUUGAGUUGACAAGGAGAAUAUUACUUCUGACAACUGUUGUGAAAUUACUGUUAAAAUACUAAAUUUAAGAUGUCGUUAACAAGGUACACCAGACCAAAGGAACUAUUUUCCCAGUACACAUAAGCUAAUAUUCAUCCAUAAUGACACAAAAAUAACCUGAUCAAAAACAGGCACGCUUGGGAUGAAUGAAGAAUUUGCAGAGACUUAUGAAAUAUUGUUGAGUAUUAGAUUUUUAUAUAUACAAGCAAUUUGUCUUCUUUUGUCUGAUGCUUUUCUUUACAGUAGUAACAGCAUCUCGGCUAAUUUGACAAAGUGGAUCACAUCUGUAAGGGUUGCUUGGUGCCCCAGGUCUAUACUGAAUAAUCUUCAGGCAUUCAAAUCUUGUAACUCAAUUCAUUCACUGAAUAAAUUUGUUUCAAAGCG